AUGGAUUUGGUCCUGGACAAAGAGUUUGAGGUGCUACUUACUGGAGGACCCCAGGGAGGUGGGUGUUCAGAGGAGAGGUCUGGGCCGGAGAUUCGAAUCCAGGGAUUUCUCCAGGAAAACGGAGGGCAGGCUGUGUGCCGAGAGGAGGAAGGGAGAUGGCUUUCUGUGACCCCGAGGCCAGCACUCAAGGCUCCGGGGAGGGGUGUCAGCCAGCAGAGGAGACUGAGGAGGCGUCCCCGCACCGCCCCCCGUCACUCCCGAGAUGAAGGCGAGAAUAGAACCAAGGAUGCCACGUGUUCCACCAUGGGGUGUGUGAACAGUUUUGAAAGCUGCCAAGAGAUCAGGCAAGACGCGAGCUACGGGACACGGCCAGUGAGCAGGAACUGCUCCAGAGGAGCCCUACCGCGUCCUCUGUGUCCCCGGCUCGACUCUCGGGGGCAGGAGCUGCAGAGAGCUGAGAACUCACACACCCUCAGAUCAGCCAGUGGUUGUGCCGUGACCCCCGCCCCCUUCCACCCAGCAGCGCGCUUUCAGCUGCAUCUUGACCGCAGCGGUCCUGGGCGGAGCGGCCGGAGGCACCCUCUGCCCCGGGAGCCCACUGUCCCGGGGAGACAAACCUGA